GAUUCCAACAUGCGCAAGAGGCACCCGGAGCCGAGAGGGCGCGCGUGGAAAAACGUGGGUCCUAAACAUAAAAGAGUUGUAAUGCGACGUCGGCGGGCGUAUAUGUAACCCUACUCGGCCGCUCUUGGCUUGGAGGAUAGUCCUGUCACACCACCAACCCCUAGCCGCAUCACUCCUACAUCCGUCAACAUGAGGCUCACUGUAGCGCUGCUCACUGCCCUCUCGGCCUUGGCUGCAGCCGCGCCCAGCGUGCUGAAGGAGCGACAGUCGACUUAUACCGACUACCUCUUCGUCUACUUCACCGGCGAAGGCACCUCCAAUGGCGAGCAGAUCUACAUGUCCGUGUCCAACAACAACAACCCGGGCUCGUGGACCAACGUCGACGGCGGCCAGCCCGUGCUGACGUCCAACGUCGGCACUCGCGGCGUCCGCGACCCGUCCCUGAUCCGCAGCCAGGACGGGUCCAAGUACUGGAUCGUGGCCACGGACCUCAAGGUCAACGGCCUCGGCUGGGCCGGCAACAACUUCACCGAGAGCGGGUCCAAGGGCCUCGUCGUCUGGGAGUCGACCAACCUCAAGACCUGGACCUCUUCCGCCCUCCGCAUCGUCAGCCCCAGCAACGCCGGCAUGACCUGGGCGCCCGACGCCAUCUGGGACCCGGCGACGUCGCGGUACCUCGUCUUCUGGACAUGCAACCUCAAGGGCGACGGCUGGUACAUCAUGGGGUCGUACACGACCGACUUCAAGACCUUCACGCCGGCGCACAAGUUCCUGCGCGGCGCCGGCAUGGACACCACCAUCGCCACGGACAAGUCGACCAACACCUUCUACCGCGUCUCCAAGAACGGGCCCGGCCAGCUGAUCGAGCAGGCGCGCGCCACCAGCCUCAACGGGCCCUGGUCCGUGGUCGCGCAGCGCAUCGGGCAGGGCCUGCCGGCGGGCGAGGGCCCGCUCGUGUUCCAGGACAACCAGAACCCCAAAAAGUGGCACAUGUUCAUCGACGACUACACGCGUGGCGCCGGGUACAAGCCCUUUGAGACGACCAACAUCACCGGCGGCCAGUGGACGCCGUCGACGGGCAUCAACCUGGGUAACCGCUACCGCCACGGAUACGUCGUGCCCAUCACCGCGGCCGAGCGUUCGUGCAUCACGGGCGGCGCCUGCAACCGCGCCUGAGUGUCCCGAGACGGAGGAUGACGAGUGGUAUUGACGGCGGUGACCGCAAGUCGAUGUGGGGGGGGUAGGGCUGGGCGAGGUGCAUAUGUAUGUGGAUGUUAUCAGCGGGGUUGGAGGGGCACGGCAAGACCAGCUAGAUAUAUGCAUUAAGGAUUAUCGAACAUUGAGACUCCGCAG